AGAAAGUUGACCAACAUAAAAGCAAAAAACUCUGAAAUUAUAAACCGAUUAAAGGAUUGGAGCUCUUUAUAUAAUUUGACUUCUCAUGCCAAGCCACAAAUCCUUAUAGAUCUCAGACUGCAAGCUGUUUCAAAAAUGCAUCAUAAAUGCACCAAAUAUACCAGUUAACUCUUCUUCUUCUCAGCUCAACUUGAUGGUUCUGCACUGGGACGAACAAGAACAGUGUGCAUUUUAAUCUAGAACAUCUACGACCAUUUAUUUUGAAUGGAGACUCUUUGAGCUAGUGAAGAUGCUCUGCAUCAUAUUAUUACUCUUCACUUUCCUCAUCGUUGGGAGCUCGAAGCUCUGCCCUCAUCAGUGUUCUUGUUACGACGCGUCUGAGCUGGUGGACUGUCGAUCCCGAGGGUUCACUCACAUUCCCCACAGUAUUCCACAUGGAACAUGGCUCCUGGACCUCAGUGGGAAUAAGUUAUCGGAGUUGAGGAGUACCUCCUUUACUGGGAUAUGGGUUCUCCGGGUCCUUCUGCUUUCACAAAGCAACAUGCAGGUGGUGCAUUCUAAGGCUCUUUCCUCUCUGACCUUCCUGGAAAAGUUGGACCUGGCUUACAACGAGCUCCGUGUCCUUCCUCCAGAUUUCUGUCAAGGGUUAACCGCUCUUAAAGAUCUCAAGCUUUCCCACAAUGCCCUGGAACGCCUCGAGUCUCACUCUUUGGAGGACCUAGAAAGUCUGGAGAGGUUAGAUCUCAGUCACAACCACAUUCAGGUUAUCGAAGUCGGGGCAUUUCGUGGACUUACCAUGCUAAGGCACCUUAACCUUGCAUGGAAUCAGAUGACAGUCCUCCAAGGCGGCUUGCUCACCAUGCAACAGAGUCUUGGAGUUCUUCUCUUGAACCACAACAAUAUCUCCAAGAUUGAAACGGACGCUCUGGCCCCCUUACAAACCCUGACCAUUCUGAACUUAGAAGCCAACCAGCUGAGGAGCCUGAAGUUCAAGACCUUCUUGAACCUCCAGACGCCCAGCACGCAUCUGCAGAUGUCGGAGAACCCUUGGACGUGCGACUGUGAGCUUCAUCGCGUCUUCACUAAGAUACUCCAUGUCAGGCAUCUCCACGUGGACGAUUACAUGAAUAUCACGUGCCAUUCUCCGCUCUUACUGGCUGGAGCAUCUCUGGGUUUAAUGCACAGUCAGCUGUGUAUCGCAGAAACGGCCACUGUCCUGGUCAUUACCGCAACUGUGAUGGUCACUGUGGUGGCCGCCUUGGUUAUGGCAGAACGCAAGCGCAAGAAUCAACAAAUGAACCUGGAAAAACAAGGAAACGAUCCUAUGCCUUGGGAGUCUCGCAAAUGAAGAAACCCAGCAGCUGAUAGCUAUACAAACUUAUCUUAUUUUACACAACAGCUCUUCAUUUUUGUGCACGUAGUACUCACUUCAACAUGAAAUCAAAACCUAUUUACUUUCCCAAUACAUGUUCCUAGUCUUAUUUUGAAUGGACAUUACUCAUCAAAAUAUAAGAGUGUUGUAGGGAUGAUGCAUUUUUGUAGGACAAAACCUAAAAACAAGCAUUUCAGCACUUUUGGGUCAUUUGUCCUGAAAUUUUUUUUUUUUUUGUAUGUUGGUUAAAUGCCUGAAAUAGUUAGUCUGUGAUGAACACAAGCUCAAGAUAUUUUUACAUUUUAUUAUUCAGCAGAAUAAGCCCCUUCUCACUUAAAAAAGGUGGUUGGUAAGUGUUUAAAUCGGUCUAAAUGUAGUCACUUUUACAGACUUGUUUUAUUAGUGUGACUUUUACAGAAUUCCCAUUUGUUUUUGUUUUUUAAUACAGACUGAAAAAUGUGUCCGAAGCUCAAUGCUGGGAUGUUGACGUCAUGUGACUGUGCUGUAGUUUGUUCAUAUCCAGGUCUAGCUUUCUGCUGAUUGUAUUUAGGCUUCAAAACGAAUGAAAGUUGUGUUCAUUUUGAAGAUUAUCAUGCAAAACAAAAAGUGCAUGAAUCAUAACAUUUUGUUUGUAAAACAGUUUAUUUUUUGCAAUAAUCAAAAGCUAGUGGAAAAAUCCUAUUGGAUUUUUUUGAUGAGGUAACCAUGUUGACCUACAAUGAUGCGGCCUCACUGCAGCACUCUAACUUACAUAAUCAAUAUGGAUAUUUUCCUUGCUCUGAAAAAUGUUGCAUGACUUGUUUGUGAACAUCCCUUGAUCUUGCUAAUUGUAGAAAACCUGCUAAAGUGAAUUAGAGUUGUCAGUACUCAAGUGUUGGGCAGUGACCUCAAGAUAAAUGAUGCAUGAAAAGCCACAGAGUAGCUUUGUUUACUUUUUGCAACUCAAUACCUGGAGCACCGACCUGACCUUCAGGGACGGCCUGUAAUUUCUAUUUUACUUUAAAUAUACAUAAGUGGAUUCUAGUAAAUAAUGCAGUAUUGUGUUCUUUGAUGUUCUGAACCAUCAUUUUCUCGUUGACCGAUUUAUUUGCUGAAUCAUUCAGAGAACUAACAUUUUAA